GUGUUUUGUGUAGAUUCAACGUAGAGGAAUUCUUAGAGUAUCUAUGUGAGUAUCUACGUGCGAGCGUGGAAAACCGACAAAAAUGAGGAAAACCUACGCGUAUGAUAAGAUAUUACCAGAACUGCCACUGGGCUUAUACAUUGGCUUUUCUACCUUCCCAAGGAUUCUUCUUUUUGCGAGGGCCAUAUUAGCUCCUUUUAUGGGAUUCAACUGCAGAAGUACACACGGUUCCAGGCCCAUCAUGGGGAAAUACGACACAUGUUGGUGGACGAUGGCGGAGUGUUGUCACUAUCAAGCAGUGAGCUGAGAUAUGGCAAACGGACGGGCAUAAAACUCUUUAGUCUUAGUGGUCCUAACAUGACUAAUCUACAAUGCAUGCUUCAAAGAGACAAUAGCAAUCUUCUCCUGGCCGGCCACCAGGACAACAUGCUGGAGGUUGACUUGAAGACAGGUUCUCUUACUCGUGAGUUUGAAGUUAACCCUGGAACUGUAGUGAUGAAGUGGUCCUCAAGAUAUAUCUGCUGUGGUGAUACAAAGGGAAAGAUAACCCUCAGAGAUCCAUUGACACUCAACCCAGAACAUGUUCUUGACGCGCACUCAGGCACACUCUCUGAUUUUGAUGUGUCUGGAAAUUUAGUGGUAACAUCAGGAUUUUCAUCACGGCAAGGUCAUCUAGCUGUUGACCGUAUUUUGAUGAUGUAUGAUCUUCGUACUCUGAGAUCCUUGCCUCCAAUGCAGGUUUCUAUAGAGCCUAUUAUGCUUAGGUUUAUCCCCACCUUUACGUCAAGGAUGGCUGUCAUAUCACAGACUGGUCAGUUUCAAUUGAUUGAGCCUGGUGGGCCAAUGACGGCAGCAUCGAUGUUUGUCUAUCACAUCAACACCCAAGGCCACAUGUGCUCCACAAUAGACAUCUCUUCCAAUUGUAAUGUCAUGGUGUUUGGUGAUACAGGAGGCAAUAUCCAUCUCUAUGGUGACAGCAAAGUCGCUGAUGUCUGCUUUAAUUCCUAUUCAAGAGAUGCUACAUUUGCAAAUGUGACGUCUCCGACACAGCCAGUUGCCAUAGAUGACUACUCAGUCCCACUCUCGUCAUAUCCACUGCCCUUUACAAAUGGGCCACUGUUAUCUGACUGGCCAGAACAGAAUUAUGUCAGGGUGGAUAGACAUGCAAUUGCUAUAGAACCGGAAAUUCUGCGCAACAUGGUAGUGCGCCAAUUCAUAGGUUAUGCACCAAACCCAGGAAACAAAAAACGAAACCAGUGGCCUUAUGAAACCAAACCAAAUGUAGCCUUAGUGCAAACGAAAGGUGGAAAACCAGAACCAGAGCAGACAGAAUCACACUCUACUAAAGAGGACGAAUCUUCCUGCCUCAUACCAAAAGCCUACAAGCGUGUUGAGAUGAAAUACUCCAGACUGGGCAUAGAAGACUUUGACUUUGGCCAAUAUAACAAAACCAAGUUUGCUGGUUUGGAGAUCCACAUACCAAAUGCUUAUUGUAAUGCCAUGCUACAGGUCUUGUAUUAUUUAGAGCCCAUUCGAGUGAACUUCCAAAACCACUUGUGUGAAAGGGAGUUCUGCUUAGCUUGUGAGUUGGGCUUCCUGUUUUAUAUGUUGGACCAGUGGACUGGUGCCCCAUGUCAGGCCAGUAAUUUCCUGCGGGCAUUCCGUACUAUCCCUCAAGCCUCUGCACUCGGUCUUGUGCUAAAUGAUGUAGAUGAGUCUGCAGGCAAAGCAAACUUCCCUAGACUCAUCCAGAGCUGGAUUCGCUUCGUACUCCAACAGACACAUCAGGAUACCCUGAAAACACAAACUUUACAGGAAGAGCAGGAAGAAGCUCCAGAAGAGGCUUCAACCAGUCCAAAAGUUGAGCAGACAUCGAUAAUUGAGCAGGUGUUUGGAGCUGGUGUUGAGCAGAAAAGCAAAUGCCGAUGCGGCAAGGACGCCACCAAGCCAUCUGUGAGCCUGCUUUAUGACCUCGAGUACCCCAGCCUCAAUGGUAAACCAACAGAGACCCCUGUGUCAUUUGAGUCCAUCAUAGAGGCGACAUUGUGCCGAGAACAGUCAAUGCAGGCAUGGUGUGAUAAGUGCGGCAGAUAUCAACCAACGGUUCAAAGCCGUAAAGUGACGCGGUUACCAGAUGUGCUGGCACUGAACUGUCACGUCGAGCAGGAGGGUGAGAUCGAGCUGUGGAAAACGCAACAAAAGAUGCUAAAUGUUCCCCAACUUGAGGAGAAACCUGUACAGACAAGCAAGCCAUGUCGAUACGGAGACAGUUGUACUCGGGCGGACUGCAAGUUCAGACACGACGUGGUUAUCAUCGAGAAAGAUGACGAGCCGCGGUCCUGGGUCCCGAUGGCUAUCAAGAUCUCUGCAGAAAAUGGAAACAUCGCUGUUACCAAAAUCGACGAGGGAGAUAAGAAAGUGAAAUGCGGCGAGAAUGAAGUGGUGUAUGAUCUCCACGCCACUGUGGGCUACAUACAGGACGCAAAGCAUGGCGGUAAUCUGGUGACACAUAUUCACGUGGGACCCACCUAUCACAGUAGGAAAGAGGGUGUCACUUGUGACCAGUGGUAUGUGUUCAACGAUUUUAGCAUUACUCCCAUUACACCGAUUGAGGCCGUAGUAUUUAACCUUGAAUGGAAAGUUCCUUGUGGGAUUAUGUUCGUCCGCCGAGAUCUCAACUCCCGCCACAACAUCACUCUUGCCACGCCCAUCAAGGACACAAUUUUAUACAGUGAAACGUCUGUAACAGCCAAGCCCGGCCAGUCUAGACACUUCACCCCCUUGACCCCUGAUGAGCUACCUUCGGAGGGAGGGCUGGUCGCUCUGGACGCAGAAUUCGUCACCCUUAACCAGGAAGAGGCGGAGAUUCGCAGCGAUGGUACACGGUCCACCAUCAAGCCCAGCCAGAUGAGCGUCGCCAGGAUAACUGUCGUACGAGGGGAAGGUCCACUGAAGGGAGUACCAUUCAUCGAUGACUAUAUCUCGACAUCGGAACAAGUGGUUGACUACCUGACCAAGUUUUCGGGCAUCAAACCGGGCGACCUGGACGCCACCAUGUCCUCCAAGCACCUUACCACGCUGAAGACAACUUACCUUAAGAUACGCGCGCUAGUGGACCGCAAGGUUAAGUUUGUGGGACAUGGACUGAAGAAGGACUUCAGAGUCAUCAACAUAUUGGUUCCAAAAGGACAAGUGUUUGAUACAGUCGGGCUAUUCCACCUGCCUAGACAGCGAUAUCUCUCGCUUCGAUUCCUUGCCUGGUAUUUCCUUGGUUUGAAUAUCCAAUCAGAGACACACGAUAGCACUGAAGAUGCUUGUACGGCUUUAGAGCUCUACCGAAAGUACCAGGACCUCACUACCACAGGCGAUCAGACAGAGUUCAAGAAAGUUUUGAAGCAGCUCUACGAAGAUGGCCGCAAGUGUAACUGGAAAAUCGAGCCUGAUAAAGGGGUUGACUAAUGAUACGGACCCACCCGUCCCAUGGCCUUCCAGGAUCUAUCACUACUGGAUCUAGCAUGAUUCAACGAUUUCUCACGAAAUCGGUUGAUAGGUUCGAGUGUUGACCAUGAGUGGGAGAAGAUAACUAGUGUUUACUUUUGUAAAUAUUGAAACACGCAGACGGUAUAUUAAAACUACUAUAAUGUU